GUAAAAGCGCUCGGUGUUUUGAUUGGUGGAACAUUCUUGAGGUCGAAAUUUCACUUCCGUGUCACGCAGCUAACAUGGCGGAUAAAGACAAAAAGAAAAAGGAGAGCAUCUUCGACUUGUCCAAAUACAUCGAUAAGCCGAUUCGUGUAAAGUUUCAAGGAGGACGAGAAGCCAGCGGUGUCCUUAAAGGAUUUGACCCUCUGCUGAACCUGGUGCUGGACGGCACUAUUGAAUACAUGCGCGAUCCAGAUGACCAGCUGAAGCUGACAGAAGACACCAGGCAGCUGGGGCUGGUGGUCUGCAGAGGAACCUCCGUAGUGCUGAUCUGUCCUCAGGAUGGCAUGGAAGCCAUACCAAACCCGUUCAUACAGCAGCAGGACGGCUAACACACAAGCUCUCCCCUGCUCACUUACACGUACAUGUACACGCUUGAAUAUUUAGUUGUUUCUUUCCCUUAGUUUUUAUUUCGUUUUAACAAUAACGGUAAUCAUUAAUGGAGCCAAGCCGAUUUAGUUAAGCAGCAAAAAAACGUUUGAAUGCACUUCACUUUUAUUUCAGUCUGAUGUGCAAAUUUGUAAAGAUUUGUGUUGUAAAGAGCCCAUAAAUGUGGGAUGUGUAAACAGUACCAUUUUCUUUUUAUCCAGAAUAAGUGAACUUUUUACUAUUCUUUGUUGUUUUGAUAAGAAAAUAAAGUGAAAAUGUAAUUAUGCCGACUUUUGGAAGUUUUGCUCUACUCUCCUGGCUGCACAGCUUUACAUUCAGAAUUACAGUUGUGAAAUCGACCACUUUAAAUGUGAUUUAGAGAUUCCUGAAAAUCGUCAGCAUGACUCAGCUGCUGCUGCGAGUUAGAUAUGGCUCCAUUUUUAUCUCAUACACUGAGUUUCACGUGUUCCUCUACGGCGCGGGUUCUCUGCCAUUCCACAUGUCAGGAAAAACUAAGUCACACCCCAAACUUUUAGUUUUUAAUCAUUCAGUGAAACCAAGCAAAGACUCAGAGAUACAGACACAGGUGUGACUGCAUCAGCAGUCUCGUAUUUAUCCUUCCUAAAAACGGCUUUAUUGAAAUGAGUUCCUGCUUUAUUUUUCUCCCUUUAUCCAGACUCCAGCUUCUGUGGCUCGCUCCACACUUUUGGACCCACUGCUCUACAGCUGAGCAUCACUGCUUGCUGUCCAGCUUAGCCGGCAAAAAAAUACGUCAAACGCUUAAUAAUGCAACGCCAAUUCCAAAACAGUUGGCAUGUUCUUUAAAAUGUGCACAAAAACAAUACAAUGAUUUGCAAAUUUCAUAAAUCUGUAUUUUAUUCAUAAUAAAUAAUUUAAACGUGA